AUGACGACAAUCGAUUUGUCGUUUGUGAUACGGUUUGACGGUAGCAUUGUAAACUCUCCCCGUGGAGUAGAAUAUUUUGUGGGUAGUUAUGUGCAAGUGCCGUUGACUGGAAGAAUAAAUUUUCAAGAGUUGGUUGAUAUUUGUGGAUCGGCAAUAUCCAGUGUUGUGGGCCCAGUGGAGAUCAGCAAGAUAUAUUUCCGAGUACCUCAUGUUCAAGGGGAACAAAUAUAUUCCUAUUCGUUGCUGGAUGUCCAGGGCGACCCACAUGUAUAUGCUAUUCUGACCAAGGCAGGUCGCAUGCCAGCACUAAUUUUUUUAGAGUUGUACGUGGAGUACCGCAAGGCGGUUUUUGAAGAUAUUUCUAUUGAUCAACUACAUAUAUCUGAUUCUAGUGAGUCAGAGAGGGACCGUGAGGAAGAAGGAGAACACGAUCACUACGAGAGCGAAGAGGAGAAUAUGGAAGACAUACUCAUUGCUGCUGAACCUAAUCUCGAAGACUUCGACGUCGACUUGGACUCAUGGGAAAAGCCGAAAGUUGAGUGGGAGAGGGGGAUGGAGUUUGAAAGAGUGAUGACUUUCUCGAGCCGAGUUGUUGUUCGGGCUUGUGCUGUUACCUAUUCGGUGGACAAUGGAAGAGAAUUCAAGAGUUACCGGACGACGCACACGACAAUAGUUCUCGUUUGCAAGCAAUGCCAAUGGUGGCUGCGUGCCACACUUCUUCAGAAAAUCAACACAUGGACGUUGACAAGAUAUAUCGGGCCACACACAUGCGAUAUGCAAGUGUCAAUUCGUCACCAUCGGAAUUUUGGGAUUGCUCAGAUCGCCAAUUAUAUUCAGACGCAAGUGCUAGGUCAGCGUGACAUACGGAUCAAGACGUUGAUUGCGGGACUACUUGAAUUUACUGGAGUAGCUCUUCCGUAUAAAAGGGUAUGGUACGGCAAAGAGAGGGCAAUCUGCAGCGUUUAUGGGGACUGGGAAUAA